CGUAAUCGAUAGAGUAUAUACAUGUUAAGUGAAAAAUUUCUUGCCGAGUAUACUUGAAGUUUCUACUUUGGGCUAAAACGUUGUAAAUUACAUUAAAUCGAACGUAAACCAAGCCAAAAUUUAACCGGAGAAAGGCAAAGCUGGGCAACACUGCAGCAGCAGCAGCCGCCGCCGCCGCCGCCGUCACCGUCAUACAAAAUGAAUAAACAAAAGUUGGUUUUUUGUUAAUUUUCUUCUAACGUUUUUUGAUUCGUGUCGUCAUCGCCCAUCGUCAUUGCCGUUGCCGUCUGCUGCCUGCCGUCUCCAAACACCCCCAACCCACCACCAACAUUAACAACAGUGUGUGUCUCUCUGUGUGUGCGUGUGUGAACACUUUUUUUUAAGGUUACCAUCAUUAUCCAUCUUAAAGUUCAGUUAUGUCUUCAACUGCCGGUAAACGCAAGGAGAUCUACAAAUAUCUCGCACCAUGGCCCCUCUACUCCAUGAACUGGAGCGUGAGGCCGGACAAGAGGUUUCGCCUCGCUCUUGGCAGCUUCAUCGAAGAGUAUAAUAAUAAAGUUCAAAUCAUUAGUCUGGACGAAGAGAGCAGCGAAUUUAGUGCUAAAAGCACCUUUGACCAUCCAUAUCCAACAACAAAAAUCAUGUGGAUACCCGAUUCAAAGGGCAUCUAUCCGGAUCUAUUGGCUACAAGUGGUGAUUAUUUACGUGUUUGGCGUGCCGGUGAGCCGGACACACGACUCGAAUGCGUUUUAAAUAACAAUAAGAAUAGUGAUUUUUGUGCACCAUUAACAUCAUUCGAUUGGAAUGAAGUGGAUCCAAAUUUGGUGGGCACUUCAUCAAUCGAUACAACAUGCACCAUUUGGGGCCUAGAAACGGGACAGCCCCAUGCCCGUGUCUAUGUGGCGGGUCAUGUUAAAACACAAUUAAUUGCCCACGAUAAAGAAGUCUAUGAUAUAGCUUUCUCACGUGCCGGCGGUGGACGGGAUAUGUUCGCCUCGGUGGGUGCUGAUGGAUCGGUACGAAUGUUUGAUCUAAGGCAUUUAGAGCAUUCUACAAUUAUCUAUGAGGAUCCUGCUCAUACGGCAUUGUUGCGUUUGGCCUGGAACAAACAAGAUCCAAAUUAUUUAGCCACUGUUGCCAUGGACUCAUGCGAAGUUAUUAUUUUAGAUGUUCGUGUUCCGUGUACACCUGUUGCAAGACUGAGCAAUCAUAGGGCGUGCGUCAACGGUAUUGCGUGGGCGCCGCAUAGUUCCUGUCACAUCUGCACUGCCGGUGAUGAUCACCAAGCACUGAUCUGGGAUAUUCAACAAAUGCCGCGCGCAAUCGAGGAUCCAAUUUUAGCCUAUACAGCUGCCGAGGGCGAAGUCAAUCAAAUACAAUGGGGUGCUACACAACCCGAUUGGAUAGCUAUAUGCUAUAAUAAAGCAUGCGAAAUAUUAAGGGUCUAAAUCGUAGAAAUGCACAAAAAGGAUAUGUCAAUUUGUCCACAACCUUUUUGUAAAACUAGUAGAGGCCCAAUUCAAGCCAAACCCAAAACCCCCACUACCACCAUUGCUCUUUGCUAAAUUGGUCAACAACAAAUGAAAAUGCUGAAACAACGCACAGUCAACAAAAUCAAGAAACACCAUGAAAAACAUCGUCUUCAUCUUGUUGUCUCUGUUGUCUAGUGUAAUUCAUAAUUUAUUUAUUAGAAUUUACAUUUGAAACCUGUUGAAUCUGUGGUGGCUGAGGAGAGUUAGAUCUUCUGCCUAGUUUAGAACUUGGCGCCCAAUGCGAGGCCACCACCACAAGUUACCACAAAAGCAUAAGUGAAAGCGAAACAGCGCAAUUCCUUCAUUUAGCCCUCUGUUUAGUUCGAAUCUAUUAUAUAUAUAUUUGUAUAUAUUCAUAUAUUUAUACAAUUGUUGCCACAAUGUUAGCACAUUACGUUUUUUUGAUAUUGAUUUUUCUUCUUUUUUUUAUUGUUGCUCAACAAAUUUUACAAGAAACUUUUUUAGGUGAGCAAGGAAAUCCUUGAAAGUGCAAAUAACUCGUAACUUUUAGUUGAAAAUCAAGUUGUAUCACCAGCAAUAUAUACUUUUACAAGUAAAGAAGCAAUAAUUUAUAGUAUUUUCCAAAUUUGAGCAAUCUCAGCCAACAUUUUAAGGAACAAGAAACUGUGUUAAAUUUUUUUAUUAUUAUUAUUUUUUAACACAUUCAACUUGUUGUUGAACGGCAAGCCAAACCAAAAUUCUAACCAAAAUCGUAAAGUGCUUACUUCGUGGCGACAUUUGUAGUGUAUAUAUACAUAUACAAAUAUAUAUAUAUAUAUAAAUAUAUAUAUAUGUGUAUUUUUAGAACAUCUUAGCUUAGGUUCGUACAUAUAUGUAUAAUGACAUAAAUCUUAAGGUAUAACCAAAAUCUGUAUUUCUAA